AUGGAUAUUAAGUUUAUAUCCGUUGUUGUUUGUCUACUGUUGUUGUUUAAUGAUGCUCAUGUAGAGGCCAAGAAGAAAAGUCAUUACAAGACAACGGCAGCCGAGGAUCUCCCUGCUCCACCCGAGCCUAGCAAGCCAGCGGCUAGUAAGAAAAAGGUGGGGGCUUAAUGGAUUGUUUACUCUUGUUUUAUUUUCUUUUCAUUUUCUGUUUAUCGAUCUGAAACAUUAGGAAUGAAAUGGUUAAGUAAGAAAACAAUAAGAAAUGUUAAAAUUCAGUAAUCUGAUUGGCAAAAAUUUAAUUUAAUGACUUUGAAUCAAGAUAUAUAAUAUUAGGGAUAUUAAGUCAUCCAUUAAAAAAGUUUUUAGGCCAAGACAGUCCCGGAACCAAUCGCAACAAAAGCUCAUGUUGACACGGAAUUCUCGAUCGAAGACGUGGACGAAGACAAGAUUGACGAGAUUCUGAAGGACGCCACGAAAAAUCUGGUGGUCUUCUUCUGUAAGGUGAAGGAUUAGAUUAUAUUGGUAUUGUUAGAUGACGGCCGAGUCAAGUGCCCUGGUUGUGGAGAAGCUCUCAGUGAAGUUGAAGAGAUCGAUGAUGACAUUGAGGCCACGGGUUACAUCGAGGUGGUAAAGACUGAUGACAGACGAGUGGCACGGGAAGUCGGGGUCACCACUUUCCCCGCCUUGGUUUACUUCCGAAGAAAGAAUCCAAUCCUUUAUGAUGGUAUGUUCGGUUACAUACAUUUAGUCUCCUUCAGGUGAUUUCAAGGAUUCUGAAGUCGUGUGGAGAUGGAUACGUGCACACGAUGAGAUCGCCACAUGGGAUUUGAGUGAUUUUGAUUUCGAACAGAAGACCGACUCCUUCUCUCCGGACGAAGGGUCUCUCGAUUGGUUUGUUAUGUUGUAAGUUUUACAAUUUACUCUACUUUUCAAUUGAAAAUGGGAACACUUCACGUUUCAGUUACGACUCUGAGGAGUUGGAUUGUAAUGCCUUUAUCCCGGUCUGGGAAACUGUCGCUCACAAGCUUCGAGGAUUAGUUAACGUGGGAAAAGUGGAUGUCUCCGUUAGCGACGAUGUAGCCGAGAGAUUCAGAAUCGACGACAACCAGUGCCCCGUCUUUUUGUUAUUUCACCGAGGGAAGAUGUACAGAUAUACAGAUCCGGCCAAGGAUGUCCGUGGCUUGGCCAACUUUGCUCUCCAGAAGUUCAAAGACAGUCGAGGACACCGUGUUCCCGAACCUCCAACAGCACUCGAGAACUUCUACGAACAUGUAAAGGAGAAGGUUCUGGAUGUAGUUGUAAGUGUUAUGGUUAGUGAUGAGAUAUUAUAGGAGGAUAAUCACACUCUGUCCAUCGUCUGUAUUGCGGCCAUGAUCGGGGUCAUCACUGUCGCCCUCAUCUUCAAGGCCUACAAGAUCAAGAGUGAGACUCCGGUCGAGAAGAAAGUGAGCUGA